GGAAGCUGCAGCUUGUCAGCAUGGGUCAGGGGUAUGUGAACUGUAAGAUCCAGUCUGGGAAGGCGGUUCUGUUCAUUGAUCUCACCUGUACCUUUUGCAGAAAUAUGCAAGAAAAUCUCAAUCAACUCCCUUUCAAACAUGGUGUUCUGGGAUUUGUAGACAUCACAGCCACUAACAACACCAAUGCAAUUCAAGAUUACUUACAACAGCUUACUGGAUUAAGAACAGUUUCUUGGGUUUUGAUAGGUAAGAAAGACUGAAUAGGCAGAUGCAGUGAUCUAAUCUCCCUCCAACAGAACGGGGAGCUGACGACGUGGCUGAAGCAGAUUGGAGCUCUGCAGUUAUGA